UUUAGCUGUUGAGUGCCUCAUAAUUUGUAUCAUCAUAAUACAAGGAAAAGGACCAGUGUUGGCUUUAUAACGAUUUUUUAACUGAGAGGGCAACUAUAUUUGUCGGUGGUUUGAAGAGAACGACGAACAUGUCUGAAGGCCGGUUAACAGAUGAGAAUAUGGACGAUAUAGAGAAGAUGAUAGGAGAGGGCCGGAAACGCUUCACCCUGCUCUAUAGCAUCUCCCGAGACGCUUGUGAUCCCGACAUAUUCCAUCAGAGGUGUGACAACAAGGGUCCUACCGUCACCAUGCUGUAUAACCUCAAGGGCUCCGUGUUUGGUUUCUAUUCAUGCAUAGACUGGAAAAGCGAAGGAAACUGGAAAGCAGACAGAAAACAUUUCCUUAUUCAACUAAACUACCUGGGAAAUAAGAGGUACACUAAGUGUCUCACCAAAGGGGCUACUACUGAAAUCCUUUGGGAAAAAGCAAAGGGACCAUGGUCGGAAGCAAUCAAAUGCUUCAGUGGGAAAACGCUCGUACCUAAUAACAAUGUUUUCACUCUCAAUGGGAACAUGGAUCGUUUCACAUCAAAUCUCUAUGACACCUGCGGCCUUUCUGCGAGUGACAUCAACAACGGAAGCAUGGAGGUCACAGACCUGGAGGUUUACAGUGUUGCAGAUGGAGAAAGGCCCACGAAUCAAGACAUAGAAUGUCCCUGGCGUACACAGCCACAGUGGAACACGGAGUACGUGUCGCAGCUGUUUGAUGAGCUAUCGGCCAUUGAAAUCUCAACAAAGCCUCGCUUGUUAUUGCUGGGGCCAAUAGGGGCCGGAAAGUCCAGCUUUGUGAACACGGUCGCCUCCGCACUCGCGGGCCGCAUGGCCCACUUUGCCAGCUGCGGGACGGAUAGGCACGCCGCCACAAGCACGUAUUCUCCAUACCGUUUGCGUUCAACAACAGGAUCGUUUCUCGACUUUAAACUCUGUGACACUCCGGGUUUGGAGAGGUCUCAAGGAAUAGAUAUCCACGAGCUUCACUUUCUACUUGAUGGAAACGUACCUGAAAACUAUGACUUCAACCCUACACAGCAUCUGUCUCUAAGGUCCCCGGAUUUCGUGUUCAACCCGAAGGUCGGCGAUCUUGUCCAUUGUGUUGCGAUAGUUGUUGAUGCCACAACCGUAGAUGAUAUGCCUGGAGAAACACAAGCACAACUGAAAACUUUCAAGCAUGGCAUCUUUAAAAAGAGCAUUCCCUUGGCGAUUUUGCUGACAAAGGUCGACAAAGUGAGCCAUGAUGUCCGGAAGAAGCUUGGUGACAUUUUCAUGAGCACAGACGUUGGAAAACUGGUGAACAAGACGGCCAAAAUGUUGGGGGUUCCCCGAAACGUUGUAUUUCCGAUCAAGAAUUAUGAACAUGAAAUGGAAACGCUAGAUUCCGUAAACUCUUUGGCGUUAUUUGCGCUCAAGACAAUGGUAGAGAUGGCGACUGAUCAUCUUGCCAAUUUACAAGCUGUUAAAGGCGCAGAGGGUGGAGAGGAUAUUUAUCCAGAAAUAGGAAACAUGUCAGACACGGCGUAAGACGAACGGGGUCAUGCAAACAUGUCAGACACGGCACAAGACUAACGGAGUAUUGCAGACAUGUCAGACACGGCACAAGACGAACGGGGUAACGCAGACAUGUCAGAAACGGCACAAGACAAAAACGGGGUAGUGCAGACAUGUCAAAAACGGCGAAAGACGAACGGGGUUAUGAAUUGUUGUUGUUUUAAAGCUUAUAAACUUUAAAGUUCAUUGAUGAUUUUGGAGUGUCAGAAUAAUUUUACUGAAAUAACGCUUUUAAGGUAUUAACGCUGUUCCAUACCAUCGAAAUUAUUGUUUCCUCGUUUACCGGUCUUUGACUUAUAGGAGCUGAAAUCAAAUUUUGCAUCAUUACUUAAGAUCUCUGACAGGGCAUAGACGCAAAAGUAUUGCAAGACCGGUAAUGUGCAUAUUUUGUGUCUCGAUUUAAAACAGAAAAGCUUCCCUUUGCUAUAAAAUGUAAGUAAAACUUAUCUUUAAAAACAAUAGUUUCAACGACUUAGAUAUAUAUGGAUGUAAACAUAUUUCAGUUACUAUUUGGGACGAUUCCUACUGUGAACGAAACUUUGUUUGUUUUAUCCAUUUCAGUGCUUAUAAGCGUAUUUUGCAAGAUUAACACAAUGCAUUUAAUGUGGAACAUUAUGGAACGCGCAUCUGCUCUCGUAUAUAUUUGUGAUUUGUGACGCCAGAGUGUUUGUAUUGAUGACGUUAUACCAUUUAUCGAAUUCAAAAUCGUAUACAUGGAUGAUUCGAAGUUAAUUAGUUAAUACUGUCUCAAAACAAGGGCAUGUUUCAGUCAUUGUUGUAUGCAAUAAUAGCUUUGCAUUCACAUACACACACAAAGUGUUUUAUUCCUAUUGCAUUAACAUACAAAGACAUGUAUGUAUGAUACUCAUGUACCUACAUUUUAAGAGUUUUACAUUUGUCUGUUUAUCAAAUAUUAUACAGAAUAUGCAUUAACGUGUAACAUACGAAUUCAUAACAGUGUUGUAUUGUGUGUUUGAUAUUUGAUGUGUUUUAAUAUAGUGUGCUAACCAUU